CAAAAAUUAAAUGUUAAGAAUUAAGUGUAUUAAGUGCUUACACCUUUCAAGUAUCAGCAUUUUUUAAAACGUGCAUACAAAAACUGGUGAAAGUUAACACUUUAAAUCAUGAAUUGUCUCACUAUAUAUACACUAUUUGCAGAGUGAUGUUUUGCUGCUUAAACUCUGUUUAAGGUGCAUUUUUGUCAUAAGAUGUAAUGCCGUAUGUUUUGUUCUGUACUUUUGAACAACUCUGUUGGUCAAUAAAGGGAGAAAACGAAUUUCUCCACAGUAGGACAAAGGUACAUCUACCGGUAAUCUUAAUAAAAACAGACUGGCGCACGGCAGUGACGUCAUUAAAAGCACCGGUUAAUUAGCCGCAGCUAGUCUGUUUACGCCUAGAAAUCCCAGACCCGCUCCAAACGAACAGGGGAAUCACGUUAAUGAUUCCUAACAAAACCUUUCGACAUGAAGAUGUUUUGGUGCAGAUAAUGUCUUAUUUCGAGGCUGCACCAUGGAUGCCCGUCCGCACCCGUUAUAUGGAUAUACACUGACGGCGAUUCGGCGAUGGAUCUAAAUACCCCGGGGGAUCCAAGUAGCACCAAAGUUGUCAGCGUGAGUAAACAAACGUACUGCAUGCUAGAAAUUAAGUCCGGGUUGCAAUAAACGGGAGUUUCCUUUAAGCACAUAAGUGUGAAUAUACAACUACGUGCCGGACUUGGUAUGCUAAUUAAGCUGGGCUGUGAAGCGCCUCCCAAAUUUGCUGUUUAUGUUUUUGUUUAUUUAUUUGGCAGACAAAACUUGGAUUGGAGACAACUCGCGUGGGAAAUUGCAAUGUAGCCAUGCGGCGUCUUCUGUUUGUCCGGGAGGCGGAGGCUGCUUUACGGCAUCUGGCUGUCGUGCGUGUCGAUGUACUUGAAGAAGGCUGUGUAUAAUAGUCCAUAAUAUCGAUACCACAAGGAUGGAAUAUCCAAUUUAGAUACCACUUUUAGUAUCGAUUUAUAUCUGGGUAUCGAUUUUUUUGACAACACUAGUGUGUGCACGCGCGCGCUCAUGUGCAUGUUAACAUGUUGUUCCGACUGAGAAACACCCAAGAGCAUGGAGGUGAGGGAUGCUGUCAGUCACUGCCUCACAGCUGCUCGUUCGCAAUGUCUCCUUUAGGUGCAUUUUUCUAACAGGAAGUGUGGGUGAAGUAAGUCUCCACCCAUGGAGUGACUCACCCUUUAAAGAGCAAGUCACCCCCAAAUCAACCUUUUUUUCUGAUAAACUAAAUGCGUGUCUAAUCAUGCUGCAGACACAUGUAGCCAAUAGUUUUACACUUUAGUGCAUUUUAGUUAAAAUUUAAAAUUUCUGCCUAAAACUGUCAGUGUUGUGCCGUUGUCAGGUAAAAACUCUGCACUGCAUUUGAAAUUAAAUCUGCCACCGCUAUUGGCUAAGAGGUACGCUAGAACAUUAGCUGGUAUCAUAUGAUGUCACAAUGUUGUUGUGAGCCUGUGUAUUUGUUAGCGGCUCUGCCAUUUUGGUCUGCUAGGCAACAGCAUUGUUGCAUUUUUCAAACAGGAAGUGGGAGUUGAGUAAGAAUCUAGUAGGGGGUGACUUGCUCUUUAAAGAGUUCAAAAUGGGAAAUGAAGCUGAAAUCUGUGGAGGGAAUGUAAUGCAAAUACAAGUGCUAGUCAUACAAUAGGAAUAUCAUGACAAAGUUGAUUUAUUUCAGUAAUUCCAUUAAAUAAGUUAAAUUUGUAUUUUAUAUUCAUUCAUUGCUGCGAGGGACCAAGUUGAAUAAGUGGAGGAAACACAGGAAAUCUCCAAAAGUAGGGGUUCUUUUACGAAAUAACUCAAGCUCAUAAAAGAGGACAAACAACUAAGACUCAGCAACGUGUUAACUUAACAUCUCAACCAACUGGAGAACACAACUGGCCUGAAACACACACGAGUAUAUACACUGGCUGAUCAGACCAUUUGAACAAUGGGGAGAAUUAGACAAACAUUUACUAACUACAAACAAGUCAACGACUCUGUACCGUUGGAUUGUUAAUAAACCUAAACCUCCUAACCCAUAAACCUAAAUAUAUUAAUUCAAACUUAAAUUGAUUAAUAAAUCAUAAAGUAAUAAACUAAAGGAAAUCCUUCAACCCCCCUCUUCCUGGAGCUGUUGGUUUGGCCCCAACAGCUCCUCCUCUGUUUAGCUGACAGAACCCCUUCAGAUGUGUUGGCCUGUCCAGCUUCAGGAAGCAGGAAGUGGACGAACCCUCAGCACCGGUCACUCCAGGCCUCUGUCAUCCAUACCUGCUCCUCCAGGCUUCACUCGAAUGGGUCAGGAUGAGCCUAUGAGCCCUCUUCGCAUCGUAGCAGACGGUCUCCCUAUAUUGGCUUCCAUGGCCAACACCACCCACCCUCGUUUCCGCCUUAAGUGGAGGCCCAUCGUCGCUGUGGUCGUCGCCCUGUCUGUAGUUCUGUUGCUCCUUAUGCACUUGAAUCCAAGCCUGCGCUACUGCUCUCCUGGCUCUCACAGUUGGAAAAUCCUUCCCAGUGGGAACCAGCAGUUUAAUUCCCAAUACAAUGGCACCUAUCCGCUUAGCCCACCUGAGCGCACGCCACAGGGAACGCGCUAUCGCAUCGGGAUAAUCGCUGACCUCGACACAAACUCUCAAAGCAACACAAAGCUCACGUGGUUCAGCUACAUGAGGAAAGGAUACCUGUUGGUGUCGCAGAGUGGUGACAAAGUGGCGGUUGAAUGGGACGCAGACAGGGUGGUGCUGGAGAGCCACCUGUCGGAGAAAGGCAGAGGGAUGGAGCUGUCAGAGUUGGUGGUGUUCAACGGAAAGCUGUACUCUGUGGAUGACAGAACGGGUGUAGUCUAUCAUAUAGAUGGAGACAAGGCUGUGCCGUGGGUUAUUUUGCCUGAUGGUGACGGGAGUGUUGCCAAAGGGUUUAAAGCGGAGUGGUUGGCGGUAAAGGACGAGCACCUGUAUGUUGGUGGUCUGGGGAAAGAGUGGACCACCACGGAGGGAGAGUUUGUCAACAACAAUCCAGAGUGGGUAAAAGUGGUGGGCUUCAGGGGGGAUGUACAGCACCAGAACUGGGUUCCCAGGUAUACCUCUAUGAAGCUUGCAGCAGGGAUUGAGCCACCAGGUUAUCUUAUUCACGAGUCAGCGGCCUGGAGCGACAGCCUACAGCGAUGGUUUUUCCUCCCUCGUCGUGCGAGCAGAGAGCGCUAUGAGGAGACGGCGGACGAGCGGCGCGGUACAAACCUUGUCCUGAGCUGCUCUGCAGAUUUCAAAGACACCAAAGUUAGCCACGUGGGACCAAAUAUCCCCACUCAUGGUUUCUCCUCCUUCAAAUUCAUCCCCAACACAAAUGACCAGAUCAUUUUGGCACUCAAGUCAGAAGAGGAUGCCAAAACGAUUGCAACGUACAUCACAGCCUUCACACUAGACGGACGCAUACUUUUACCUGAAACGAAGAUUGGGGACGUUAAAUAUGAAGGCUUGGAGUUUAUAUAGAAGGGCCAAAGACCGAGAGACUGACUUCUGAGGGCACUGCGCUGUGGUUUUAAACAGUCCAGUCACUGCAUAACUCCAACCCUCAGAGGAUUGGUGGACUGAAUAACUUGAAGCUGAGACAGAAAAAUAUGGUCUUAUCUGAUCUGUAAUAAAGCUACUUGAGCUGUUGAGUGCCAUCUCAGCAAGCCAAAUGUUGUUCAACAGUAUUGUAGUCUUAUUCAUCAUCAAUGUACAGAGAAUCAAUGUUUUCAGCUGUGAGGUUUUUCUUUCACUGGUAAAUGUCUAAACCUAUGAAUGUUUUUAACACUCGAGAAAGAUGUUGUGCAAUAACUUCUUUGUUAAAGCCAUCCAUUGAAACUUUUUCAUAUUUUUAAAGCAUUUUCUUGAACCAGUAUGUGCUUAAAUGACCCUUUACAGCAUAGGUAUUCAAUUCUGGUCCUGGAGGGCUGGUAUCCAGCAUGUUUUAGUUUUAACCCUACUCCAACACACGCGAUUUCAGUUAGUAGGUGAUUAACAGGCUUCUACAGAGCCUGAUGAGCUGCCGCACAGGUGAUUCAAUCACUGAAUCUAGUGUGUUGGAGCAGAGAAACCACUAAUGGGCCAUUCCCAUCCGUACCUGGUUGACCCUGCCCGGAUAGCUCCAGUCGGCCCCAGCCUGGCCCGGUUGAUUCCACACAUCCUUGCUUAGGUAUGCAAGGAAUGCAGUCAGACAUUUUCAGCUUCUAGGCUUGCUGUAAUAGAAGGUGUGAAUUUGCUGUCAGCAGUGGGUGUAUUGGCCCUGGUCAGCUUGAAGCGGACCCCCUCAGAAAGAGGGCUGAAAAACAGUUUUGUUGCACCCUGAAAAAAGGCAGGCCACCAAGAUAUGUAAGCAAGCUAUGCUGUCUGGGCCAGGCCGACCAGGUACAGAUGGGAAUGGCCCAUAAAACGUGCUGGAUACCGGCCCUCCACGCCCGGAAUUGAAUACUCCUGCUUUACAGGGUUAAUGAAAUGUCACUCAGACCCUCACUGCUUCCUGUGGUCAUAAAAUAAGACUUUUAAUUUUCAGACUGGUGGGCCACUCUGUUGGGACUUAGAAAAAAUGGAGCUGACACACCUGGUGCUGCAAUCAUGGUUUCAGCAUGUUUUAGAUUAUGAACACAACUUAUUUGCUUAAAAUUGUGAUGAAUCACUUCUGUAGACACUGAUGAAGGUUGGGAGACAUUUCAGCUGUUAGGUUAAGGUGAUAAAAAGAUGCAAUACAACACACAAUGAGGACUUUUGGUUUCUAUUUGAUCAGUGAUUUAAUAACAGACACUAGGGGGUGCUAAAUGCAAGCAAAACUGACAAGUGUGUCUAAUAAUUUCUGUUGAAAUGAAACUUUAGAGGAAGGGGAAGUUAGCCUGGCAAGCCAGACUAAAUAAAUAUAUUAUUCAGUC